UGUCGGGUCCUGUUAGGAGAGGACGGUCCUGGCUGUGAGAACUGGGUCGCUGGAAGGAUGAUCUCUGAAGACCUAGGGCUGCGGGCUUGAGCUGUUGGGACCGAAACUUUAGGGUCUCAGAGGUGGCACAAAUGUUGGGGUUUUCUAGGGAGCCUGAGAUCUUGAGGGCUGACAUUUGGGCUGCAAGAUGGAGGAAGGCGGGAACCCAGGAGGACUGAUUAAGGUGGUCCAUCUACUGGUCUUGUCAGGUGCCUGGGGCAUGCAAAUGUGGGUGACCUUCGCCUCAGGCUUCCUGCUUUUCCGAAACCUUCCUCGACAUACCUUCGGCCUCGUGCAGAGCAAACUCUUCCCUUUCUACUUUUACAUCUCCAUGGGCUGUGCCUUUAUCAACCUCUGCAUAUUGGCUCCACAGCGUGCCUGGGCUCAGCUUACAUUCUGGGAGGCCAGCCAGCUCUGCCUGCAGCUGCUGAGCCUCACCCUGGCUACUGUCAACGCCCGCUGGCUGGAGCCCCGCACUACUGCUGCCAUGUGGGCCCUGCAGACUGUGGAGAAGGAGCAGGGCCUGGGUGGGGAGGUGCCGGGCAGACGCCAGGGCCCCGACCCGUACCGCCAGCUGCGGGAGAAGAACCCCAAGUACAGUGCUCUCCGCCAGAACUUCUUCCACUAUCAUGGCCUGUCCUCGCUUUGCAAUCUGGGCUGCCUCCUGAGCAAUGGGUUCUGCCUCGCUGGUCUUGCCCUGGGCCUCAGGAGUCUCUAAUGUGCACUGUAAAUGUCAAUAAACGUUUCUUUGGAAAUGGC